GUGAUAAAAAAAAAAAAAAAUCACGAAAAUAAACUUCAAUCAGCACAAAAGAGACACACAGUAGUGUCCCAUAGCCAUGGCUGAGAGCAGUAGCACCACUGCCAUCAGUAGCGACGAAUCAUCUUCACCGAUAACCGACAUAGCCCAGGAUCACAUUUUCUCGAUUUUGCUCCUCCUACCCAUUGAAUCGAUUCUUUGUUUUGCCAUGACUUGCAGGAAAUUGAAGUUUUUGGCAUAUUCUGAUUCUCUAUGGGAAUCUGUAUGCAGGAGGGAUUGGGGUAGUUCCGCUAUUGAUGCACUGAAAGCAUCCAGUUUCGUGCAGGGAAUUCAAUGGAAGAAGUUGUACCAGCAGGUUCAUCAGUUAGACUCUGUUUGUUGCCAUAAACUAUUGUUUGAAACCCCAGAUGGCGAUGAGGUUCUUCCGAGUCCUAGAGCUUCUCAUUCCCUCAAUUUUGUGAAUGGAUGCCUUGUUCUGUUUGGUGGGGGAUGUGAAGGAGGGAGGCAUCUUGAUGAUACAUGGAUAGCAUAUAUAGGUGAUGACUUUAGGAGGACAUUGAAGUGGCAAAAGACAUACUCAGGCAUUCCAAGCGGGCGGUUUGGGCACUCAUGUGUCGUAAUUGGCGAUUCACUUAUCCUAUUUGGAGGGAUCAAUGACCACGGGAUUCGCCAAAAUGAUACUUGGGUAGGACAAGUUAUAUUGAAAGAAACACUUGGGGUUACUUUGUCUUGGAGGCUACUUGAUGUUGGUGCUGUUGCCCCUCCCCCGCGUGGAGCUCAUGCCGGAUGUUGCCUUGAUAACAAGAUGAUGCUUAUCCAUGGAGGGAUAGGGUUAUCCGGACUUAGACUAGGCGACACUUGGAUUCUAGAUCUCUCAGAAAAUCUUUGUUUUGGAACAUGGCGAGAAAUUUUGACUCAUCCAUGUCCCCCAUCCCGCUCGGGGCACACAUUAACUCAUAUUGGAGGAACACAAACAAUUUUAUUUGGAGGUAGGGGAUCAGGAUAUGAAGUGCUUAAUGAUGUGUGGCUCUUGAGUGCAUUCGAAGGCCAUUGGAGAUGGAUGCAACAACUAUUUGAACAACGUGACAUACCCCAAGGGUUUACCCUCGCACGAGUAGGUCACUCGGCCAACCUUAUAUUAGGAAAUCGACUACUUAUUUAUGGAGGCGAAGAUUCAUACAGGCACAGGAAAGAUGACUUUUGGGUUUUAGACGUUAAUUUGUUGCCUUCAAUUAAAUUGCAGCAUGGUAAUCUGAACUCAAAAGGAUUAUUAAGAAAAAUGUGGAGACGACUUGGAUCCAUUGGCCAAAAACCUAACUGCAGAUCCUUUCAUCGAGCUUGUGUUGAUCAUUCAGGGCGUUACUUGUACGUCUUUGGUGGGAUGGUAGAUGGGUUACCUCAGCCUUCCGAAUCGUCUGGUUUGAGGUUUGAUGGAGGAAUUUUCCUUGUGGAGCUUGUGCUGCAGUCUUAGAGAGGUGGUUUAUUGAGGGUGUUGAUUGGGUGACUGAAUCAGUAGCUCUUUUGUCUUGCCUAAAAUACCCUUGGACGAAGUAUAUUUUGAAGAGGGCAAUCUUGAUGGAGAUAUCAGUGACAAGAAUGGAAGUAUUGUCUAAUAUCAUAAAAGAUAUUUCGGAACUAUAAAACAUGAAAAAAUAAGAAGGGAAGGUGCUUGUCUCCACGUUCACCUAUGCCCGUGAAAAGGCAGCAUUCAAUGAGCUAAAGUCGAACAAGUCCUUGAGCAUUGGCGACCUGAAGAUGUUGAAACUUACAGCCCAGACUUGGUGCUGCAAGUUCUGUAAAUUGAAAAGCAUCUUGUUAUGGAUUAAGAUAUGAACAACUCUAGGGUGGAAGUAAUUGAAUUCACUGGUAAUUUUUCAUCUCUGUUUGAUGUAAAUUAAGUUUUAAGAUAGUUUCUGCCAUUGUGGCUGCAUGAAUAUAAUGAAAUCGAACCGUCUUCCCAUUUACCUUCAUCUUGUACUUGACAUUGACCUUACAUUUGGAAAUUUCUACGCAUUAACUUUUUCUGAA